UUUUAGUGCUUGAGUCGGUGUGGAGUGCAAAUAUGUUACCAUUUUUCGAAGUCCUGCGCAUGAUGGCGGAGAUGGAGGGCGAGGAGACGCCUGAUAAUUUUCACAUCCUUCCGAGUAGCAACGAGUGCUGGAUCGACAUUUUCGAGAAGUCCAAGGAAAGAUGCGGUCUGCUGUGUCUCGAAUUCACUGGCAACUGGAGUACGGCAGCGAGGCGCGUUCAGAGGCUGUUUGUUCGAUUGGCGUCCAAGACCAGCGUGCCGUUCCUGCGUGUUGAAGUGGCGAGAGGAAUUUUGAACAGUCACACGGCUGUCAAAGGAGCAGUUGGUGGUGUGACAGCGGUACCCACAUAUGCCAUUAUGAAUUUUGCACAAGGCAAAGUUGAAGUUCAUAAGUUUGAAGGUAGUACUGCAAUAGAAACGGGUGCGUUUGAAGCUCGUCUUCGGGAAAUAGCAAGCCAACGUCAACGAGAGAGAGAAAGUAAAGAAACUGCAAAGAUGCUGGGCGAUGUGUUUUCACUUGCCUUUGCUGCUGCUGAGCUGGAAGCUCUGAAGAAGAAGAAGGCAGAUCAACAGAGACAGAACCAAAUAGAAAGAGAGCAGCAGGGUAGAAUAGAGCACGAAGCGAUUGUACAAAGGGAGCAAGAGCAGCGAGAACAGCAGAAGCAGGAGAGGAUUCGAUUACUUGAAAUCGAAAAGGAACAAGAACGACGUCGACAAGAAGAACAGCGUCUUAGAGAAAGACCAAUGCAUGUUCAGGAUCUACUGAAAUUGGAUUUGGAAAAAGUGGCUAUUCGUGAAAUCAAGAGUAUUAUGGAGAAGAUGCACAUUAGUUAUGUUGGUUGCACAUCUCGACAAGACUUGAUUACCCAGCUAGUCCAGCAAGUUCCCGAACUUCGUUUGAAACGUGAAGAAAAGGCUCCUCAAGCAGCAGCUGCAUGUGCCAAACUCAAUGAAGCAACAGAAUUGGAAAACUCUCCCAACAAACAUUCUGGCUUAGACUUAAAGUCGGCAUCAGUGUCUCAACUCAAAGCGAGAUUAAAGGAAAUGGGAAUAUCUACGGAAAGCUAUGUAUCUAAAGAGGACAUGGUACAAGCUAUUAACGAUGCUCAGUCACCGAAGAGUUCAAAUGAACAUGUGAAUAUGCUGAGAGCUCAGCAUUUUGAACAGAAGCUGAGGACUGAAAAUGAGCGGUUGGAACUACGACAGCAACAACUUGAGAAGAAACUUCUUCACUCAGAGGAUCGUGAGAGAGCCCUGAAUCGAGAUUUGACAGAAGCUCAACAGCAAAGCAAAGCGAUGGAAGGUAAACUGGCAAGGGCUGAACAGCAAGUGACUAGGUUGGCGGGUGAAAUAAACACCUUAAAACGUCGCAAUGCAGAGCUUGAAUCUAUGGGCAGUAGUGCCAGUACGAACAGUAGCUCAAGAGCUUCACAAGCUGCUAGUUCCAAUCUGAUGCCAGGAUGCUUCAAUCAGUCAUCUGAAGAUAGAGUACAAGAGCUUGAACGUACAAUGCUUGACAUGAUGAUACUAUUCACAACUAAAGCUGAGGAUUAUGAUGUGGUGAAGCUUAUAGAUUCUGGUUGUGAGGGUGCUGUUCAUUUGGUGCAAUGCUCUCGUUCAGAGCUGAGAGAUACUAAACGUUUGUAUGCACUGAAGACUGUCUUUAACAUUUUUGGCCACCAGACUGUGUCAAAGGUUCGUCAGCAACAUGAGAAUGAAUACCAAACUCUUUCAGUUCUUCCCAAACAUCGAAACAUUGUCAAUUUGUAUGCUUUCUUUUUCGAUCGACUGGACUCGCAACAGUUUCAGUUGCCACCUGAUAGUCAGAUACAGGCUCGUUCGGUCUCAUUGUUCAUGGUCAUGGAGUACCAGCCAAAAACUUUGAAGGGCUAUGUUGAAGAAAAGUCAAGGGGUCGAGGUGUCCAGGCUGCUGAGGUUCUAAGCUGGACUUAUCAGCUCCUGACAGCAGUCGACUUUUUGAAUGCUCGAAAUGUUGUGCAUCGAGAUCUAAAGAUGGACAAUAUUUUAUACUCAGAUGAGGGUGUUGUGAAACUAUGUGACUUUGGCUAUUCAAUUCAGCUUGAUCCAGGAAUGAAAAUGCCUUUGACAGCAGGUAUGUCUAAAGGUGGCAAUGCUGCUCAUCUUGCUCCUGAAGUUCACCUAGCUCGUCCUGGACGAGGUCGCACGGUUGACUACUCAAAGCAGGCAGUUUGGGCUACGGGCGUUCUUUGCUAUGAAAUGUGUAAUCAUCGAUCUCCUUUUGAUGGCAUUUUGGAUCAGUGUGGUUACGGCUCAGACAAUUUACCACCACUGGCUGCCAUCCAGGCGUCUACCGGGUCAGGCGCUUCACUGCCCAAUGGAUACCAGAAGUUUGUCAAAUCACUGUUGGAGUUUGUGCCACGUCUUAGACCCACAUCUUCCGAGGCCAUAAAGAUAGUGAAGCGAAUGAUAGAGGAGACAAAUGUACCACAGUUCAAUCGGUUCUGAAUGUCGCUUUGUCUAGAUCGAUGUCUUGCAUGUGUAAUUAUAACGAUGCAGCACGUGUUUGCAGCUUGCAACUAGAUGAGAUGGUACUGGUUGGAAGGCAAAAUCAGCAAGUACAGUGCCGUUUUAUUAUUUGCUUAUUUUGAAAUCAAUUUUUAUAGACUGUGUGCGGGCGGAGGUAUACAUGUACAGUGUACACUUUAGAAGUACAGUACACACUGCGUGGGUAUAACAUUGUUAUC